CAUUGACAGGUGUCAACUUUAAAAUUUAAUUAGGUUAUGUUUAUCAGUAAUUAUUAUAACAAAUGUAGAUAAACUAACAAAACUAUCUACGAUGGCAAAAAAUGCCGAAAUAUUUAUAGUUUUAAUAGUGAUUAUAUCAUCGGUUCUUGUGCUGGUGUUUAAUAAUGUGCUGUUGAAUUCUGACGUUUUCCAACAUCCACCACAAGAAUACAGUUGGCUUAUUCACGGAAUCCGUAAUAUUUUGGGCUAUGCCACCAUAUUCCUACCCGGAUUUCUAGUGUAUAAGUACCUCAUUAAAACCAAUUAUUUAAAUAAAAGUGGCAGAGGGUUGUUUGGAGGUGUUAUUCGAACAUUGUUUGCGGAAAAUGAACUGUUACCAGAUUCUCAGACUAGUCAUACCAUUGAUGAUUCUAGAAGUCCUUUGCAAACAGCUGGUUUGUUAAUUUUUUACUUCUUAGGACUACAAUUUUCAUAUUUACUAUGGGCAUUAUUACAAGAAAAAAUAAUGACACAAAAGUAUGAAAAUUCAGCUGGAGAAGUUGAACACUUUGAAGAUUCUCAAUUUUUGGUGUUUAUUAAUAGAAUUCUUGCUUUUAUUAUAGCUGGUGUAAUUGUUAUAUGUACCAGACAGCCAAGGCAUAAAUGCCCAUUAUAUAAAUAUGUGUUUUGUUCAUUUUCAAACAUUAUGAGUUCUUGGUGUCAAUAUGAGGCCCUUAAAUAUGUAUCAUUUCCACAUCAAGUUCUUGCUAAAGCCAGUAAAACAAUACCAGUAAUGAUAAUGGGGAAAAUGAUGUCCAAAACCAAAUAUGAAUACUAUGAAUAUGUUACUGCUGGAAUAUUGUCUGUGGGUAUGUUAUGUUUCAUGUUAGACACAGGAAAUGAUAAAGCUAAAUCAACUGUCACUACAUUUUCUGGUAUUAUUUUACUAUGUUCCUACAUAAUUUUUGAUAGUUUUACCUCAAAUUGGCAAGGAAGUCUGUUUAAAAGGUAUGAAAUGAAACCCAUUCAAAUGAUGUGUUUCGUUAACUUUUAUUCUUGUAUUUUUACUGCUGUCUCACUUUUGCAACAAGAAGGAUUUUCAUUCUCACUAUACUUCAUUAUUAAGUAUCCAAGUUUCCUUAUUGAUGCAAUUUUGUUGUCAGUGUGUUCUGCUGCAGGCCAGUUGUUUAUUUUUAAGACAGUGUCCACAUUUGGACCUUUGGUUUUUGUUAUUAUAAGUACAAUUAGACAAGGAUUCUCAGUUCUGCUUAGUUGUUUAGUGUACCAACAUGAAAUUCAUGCAAUGGGUGUGUUUGGUGUUAUUCUUGUUUUCCUAAGUAUAUUGCUAAGAAUUUAUUGUGAUUAUAGGGUAAAGACUUUAAAAAAACAAAAUGUUAAAAACCAAAUAAAUGUAAAAUAAUUUUUAUAAGCUUAUUGAUUUAUCCAAAAAUCAGCUUUAUAAUGUGUACAUGUGUUAUGUAUGCAUACUAAAUAAUAUUCUUUUGUACAAAUUAAAGUUAAUUUAUUUUAUUAAAUUAUGGAAUUUAUGUGAAUUUUGUGAAAUAUAUCAUAUCAAUGUAAA